GUCUGAGAAAGACCAGCUGCUUGUGGUCCUUCCUCCCAGGCUUUUCUGGGUCAGUGGUGCCCAUUGGACCCAGUGAAUCCACAGACGCCUUCAAAGUGUUCCAUGGGAGGGGCGGGGCUCCUUGGAGGAAGCUGGUGAAGCUCUGACCACAGACUGGGGAGCAUGCCACCUCUGCUGGUGCUUGCCGCCAGCAGGAAGCCACGAGCUACGGGAGCCGAUUGAGACAACCACGAUGGGCUUUUUCUUUGGGAUUGUAUCAGGAAUUGCUGGUUAUAACUAGAAGGCUGCAGCAUCACGAGGGUGCUGGGAUUGAAAAAGCUAUGGUGACAAGCUACUGAGCCUUACCAAGGAUGGGAGUGGUGAGCAGCAAAAAGCAGGUGAAGGAGAAGAGUAAGGCCCAAUGGAGUCCUGUGAAGGUCAGCACCCAGAGCAAAGAUCCCCCACCACCGCCACCCUUGGUGCUGUUUAACCACCUGGCUCCUGCACCUCCGGACACGUGUCCAGACCAAGAGGAGCACUUCGUGGUGGCCCUGUAUGACUACAGCUCAGUGAAUGACAGGGACCUGCAGAUCCUGAAGGGGGAGAAGCUAAAGAUACUGAAGGAAGUUGGAGACUGGUGGUUGGCCAGGUCUCUCAUCACUGGAAGAGAAGGCUAUGUGCCCAGCAACUUUGUGGCCCGAGUGGAGACCUUGGAAGUAGAAAAAUGGUUCUUUAGAUCAAUUAGCCGGAAAGAUGCUGAGAGGCAGCUUCUGGCUCCAAUCAAUAAGGCGGGCUCCUUUCUUAUCAGAGAGAGUGAAACCAACAAAGGUGCCUUUUCCUUGACUGUGAAGGAUGUGACCACCCAGGGGGAGAUGAUCAAACACUACAAGAUCCGCUCCCUGGAUGAAGGGGGCUAUUACAUCUCCCCCCGCAUCACCUUCCCUACACUCCAGGCUUUGGUGCAACAUUAUUCUCAGAAAGGGGAUGGUUUAUGCCAGAGGCUGACCCAACCCUGUGUGAGCCUGGCUCCUCAAAACCCCUGGGCCCAGGAUGAAUGGGAAAUCCCCCGGCAGUCUCUCAAGCUGGUCAGGAAACUCGGGUCUGGGCAGUUUGGCGAUGUCUGGAUGGGUUAUUACAAGAACAAUGUGAAAGUGGCCAUCAAGACCUUAAAGGAGGGAACCAUGUCUCCGGAGGCCUUCCUGGCAGAGGCCAACAUGAUGAAAACUCUCCAGCAUGAGAGGCUAGUUCGUCUUUACGCCGUGGUCACCAAGGAACCCAUUUACAUCGUGACCGAGUACAUGGCCAGAGGAUGCUUGCUGGAUUUCCUGAAGACGGAUGAAGGUAGCAGAUUGUCCCUCCCCAGACUGAUCGACAUGUCAGCCCAGGUUUGUGAGCUAUCAAGUACAGCAAAGCUCAGGAGUAGUGAUGACCAAAUGAACCCAGAACCCCACCUUCUCCUCUGUGCCUUGUGGCUUCAUGAAACUGGCUCUUCAGAGGUUGUAGCCACUCAAUUAAGGCUGGGCUGGGAAGGGCAGAAAACACAGAGUAAUAACGGUUUAAAUUUGUAAACAUCCAGAGGUGUUCUGUGUGGGGGCCAGUAAGUGGGUCUUUCCCUCAAAGACACAGGGACCCACAUUUCUUCCAUCUGCUCAGCACUUAGCAUGUCAUCUAAGCCCACCUUCUUCCUUCUAACAGCUGAGCCACUUAGCCUUCCCACCUUCUUCCUUCUAGAGACAUGUCAUGUCCCUGAAGUCACCUACUAUCUUUACUUUGACAUUUCUUUCCUUGCCCCCAACCAUGUCACCUGGCCACACCCAGGCUGCGAGGGAGGUUGGGAAAUGCAGUCUUUAUUCUGGGCCAUUGGGAUGAAGUGAGGUGAGUCCAAUUAUUCCUAAAGAGAAGGAGAACGGAUGGUGUGGGAAACCCGGAGGGUUCACCUGAAUUCCAUGUGACAAUGUAGGCAGGCAUGUCGUGACCUCCUUUCUUCCUCAGAUUAUGCCCACAAAUGCCUUCUCCAGCAGGUGAAUCACAGUCCAGGCUUCAUGAGGUGAAGAGCAAAAGGAAGAGAAGGGGUCGUUCCUCCCCGGGGAUGUUAGCCAAGGGUUCUAACUGGCAGGGAAACACAUCUGAUGGCCCUGAGUGUGUGUGUCUGCUAAAACUGGAACUCUCAGCAGAAAAGCUCUGGUCUGUGGUCAGCCGGUGAGACCCGGAAACACUCACACAUCCGCCUCCAGAGAGGAAACCUCCCCCUCACCCUACACCACCACCCCAUCCCCACCUUGUCUGGUAUUAUCUGUUAUUAGUAUCAGUGCAGGAACUGAUGUCACCAUGCCCUUUUUCCACUGAGGUUAGCGCACCUGGGUUUGGGUAGGGUGCUGAGUGGUCUCGGAAAAUUAACACUGGUAACCAGCCUCAAACCACAAAAGAGUGAUAAGAGUGGCCACCCCUUCUUUCUUUCUUUCUUUGCCUUUCUCACUCUCCUCUGUCUCUUUCUCAGUCCCUAGGGAAAUCUUGGGUCUUCCCAGGGGCAAAGGAUGUGAAAAGCCACCUGCAUUUAUACCUAGGGGUGGCCAAGAAUCUAAGGGUUAGAAACCAGAAAAUCAGAACCUUCCAAGUGAACAGCUUCUAAACCCCAUUCUAGUCAUGCUUGCGUCUCAGCACACACGUGUGUGGACACACACACACAUACACACGACCCUUCUGGGCGCUCCUUUUCCUGCUUUGCAGGAUGAAAUGCAAAUCCCGCCUACAACCAUAAUUCAUGUGCCCUACUUUGCAGCCCCACAGCAC